AUGAAUAAGAAAGCACUGGAGUCGGUCAAGGCCGAACUGGGGAGCAUCAGUGCUGGCCAUGCAACGCCUCCAGAGAUCAGCACCAUCGAGGCCGACCUGUCGUCGCAAGAAGGCGUUCAGUCAGUUGUGGCAAAUAUUCGUGAGAAACAUUCUUCUUUGGACGCUCUCAUUCAUUGUGCCGCGAUCCGGUUCAUGAACGAGGUGCCUUACAAGCCCGGGGACGGACUGGCAAAGCUCGAGAUGGCCACUUUGUCCGCGCCAUAUCGAGAAUGGGAGUUAGCACAUCGAGUAAAUGUGCUCGCACCUUAUUUCCUCACCGCUGGCCUCGUCAAACUUCUCGGUGCAGCAGCGAGCAAAGGCGAAGGGAGAGGUAGUGUCAUCAUGUUCAGCAGUCCGGCCAGUGUGCACAAUAACCAGUUUGUGCCUGUGUAUCAGACUACAAAGGCCUCAAUCGACCAUUUGACUAGGAUCAUGGCAGCCGAGUUCGCCGAAUUCUAUAUCCGGGUAAACGCCAUCUCUCCUGGCAUCGUGCCAUCGGCAAUGACGGAUGAAGGACCAACGUCAAACUUGCACCUCGCCAGUCAAGCACCGGCAGGGAGGGCGGGAAAUGACGAAGAUAUGGUUGGAACUGCCACAUGGUUGAUGAGCAAAGCUGGCUCCUUCAUGGACGGCAAAGUCGUACGGGUCGAAGGAGGCCGCUUGCUGAUCUUAAAGGGUGUCACAUCCAAUUCAGACUGA